UCCCCAACGGUUUAUAUCUCUAUAUAUUUUCGGGACCACCAUCCCAAGAAAACGUACAAAUCCACAAACAGCACCCACAAUUCCUACAACUACUAUAGUACACUUUAACAAUGGAUACCCCAAUUCCAAUCCUUCUCAUUUCCCUUCUCCUAUCAUCACUACCUCUUUUUUCAAUUUCUUCACCCCAUACCUUGCUCACAUCCUCAACCCUCUCCGUAUCCGACGUCCUAUAUUCCCCAAACAGGGUCUUCUCCGCUGGCUUCCACCCCGUCGGCGUAAACGCCUAUUGCUUUUUCAUUUGGUUCACUCAACCCACAUCCGACGGCAAGCUCAUCGUCGUUUGGACAACCAAUCGCGACAAACCCGUCAACAGAAAACGCUCAGAACUCUCUCUCCUCAAAUCCGGCGAACUCAUACUAACCGAUGCAGCCCAAUUCACAGUCUGGUCGACAAACACCAAAUCAAUUUCCCCCCUUCAAUUACAGCUUCUAAAUACGGGUAACCUCGUUCUCCGAAAUCGAAGUGGUUCAAUGAAUGUUUGGCAAAGUUUUGAUUCUCCAACGGAUACCCUCCUUCCAAACCAACCCAUGACCCGAAAUUCAAGACUCGUUUCCUCUCGAAGCCAUAACAAUUUCUCGUCUGGGUUUUACUCCCUGUUUUUCGACGACGAUAACCUCCUCCGUUUAGCAUUUGACGGCCCGGAGAUUUCCAGCGUUUACUGGCCCGACCCUGGGGUGGUCAGCUGGGAUGCGGGGCGGACAAGUUAUGACAGUAGUCGAAUCGCGGAGCUUAACUCAUCCGGGUAUUUCAGAUCGAGUGAUGAUUUUGAGUUUCAAGCUUCGGAUUAUGGUACUGGGGCUUGGAGAAGAUUGAAAAUGGAUGUGGAUGGGAACGUGAAAUUGUAUAGCUUGGAUGAGGAGAAGAGGAUUUGGAGUGUAUCUUGGCAAGCCAUGAGUCAGCCGUGCAAGAUCCAUGGAGUUUGUGGGCCUAACGCGAUGUGUAAUUAUGACUUUCCCGGGGAGAACGCUGGCCGGAGAUGCUCUUGUUUACCCGGGUACAAGGCAAAAAACCUUACAGAUUGGUCUCUCGGGUGUGAACCGGAGUUCAACCUCUCUUGCAACGCUGCCGAAUCCGGUUUCAUCAAACUUCCUAACGUCGAAUUCUACGGCUAUGAUAUCAAACUCUAUGAAAAUUACACCUAUGAAAGGUGUGAGGAAGUAUGCUUACAAAGCUGCAAAUGCUACGGCGUCAAUUUCAAAUUUAGCGGCGACAGUGGUUAUUACAAAUGUUUUCCGAAGUUACGGCUGCUUAACGGACAUAGAUGCGCUGCAUUUGGGAAUCCUAUGUAUAUAAGACUGCCCAAAGCCUCUCUCACUUCUUAUGCAAAUCAAAAACAAGAAAUCGGGUUACAUUGCCCCCCGAGCACACAAAACUUGCUACUUGAUAGACGUUACAAAACACCAAAACAAAACGGGACUUUGCAGUUUAUGGUUUGGUUCUCCUCCGCAUUUGGCGGAGUUGAAAUAAUAUUUAUUUGUUUCGUAUGGUGGUUGUUGUACAAAACCCAACGAAGUUCAAGUGAAAACACUCAAGGUUACCUUCAAGUUGCGAGUAGGUUUAGGAAAUUCACCUAUGACGAGUUGAAAAAAGCGACAGGAAAUUUUAGGAAAGAAAUCGGAAGAGGAGGCAGUGGGGUUGUGUACAAAGGCGUUUUAUCCGAUCAUAGAGUUGCAGCAAUCAAGAGACUUGACGAGGCUAAUCAAGGGGAAGCAGAAUUCAUAGCAGAGGUAAGCACCAUUGGAAGGGUUAACCACAUGAACUUGAUAGAAAUUUGGGGAUACUGCCUUGAAGGAAAUCAUAAGCUAUUGGUUUACGAGUAUAUGGAGUGCGGAUCGUUAGCAGAGAAUCUUAUUUCUGGCACACUUAAUUGGGAGAAGAGGUUUGAUAUCGCGGUUGGCUCUGCGAAAGGACUAUCUUAUCUGCACGAAGAGUGUUUGGAGUGGGUUCUCCACUGCGAUGUGAAGCCUCAAAACAUUCUCUUGGACUGUAAUUUCCAACCCAAGGUUGCGGAUUUCGGCCUCUCCAAGUUAGUAAACAGAGGGGGCGGAGGAAAGAAUUCAAGUUUUUCUAGAGUAAGGGGGACGAGAGGUUACAUGGCACCAGAAUGGAUUUCCAGCCUCCCUAUCUCAUCCAAAGUCGAUGUUUAUAGCUACGGAGUGGUGGUGAUGGAAAUGGUCACAGGAAAGAGCCCGAUGACAAUGGGUGGUCAGGGGUCUGGAAAUACAUGGGAGAUGGAACAGAGAGGGCUGGUGAAGUGGGUAAGGGAGAAGAUGAAUGGGACUAGAGAGAAUGAACUGUGGCUUGAAGAGAUUAUUGAUCCAGUGAUGAAGGGGAAAUGUGAUUUAAGGAAGAUGGAGGUAUUGGUUCAAGUGGCAUUGGAAUGUUUAGAGGAAGACAAAGAUGCAAGACCAACCAUGAGACAAGUUGUAGAGAGGCUUCUACCCCAUUAAUAUGAAAUUGGAUAGAACAGCUUGCUCAGGUGGCACUAUCUUAUUGGUUGUUGUAAAAUACCAGCUGCUUAUUUAAUUGUCAACGACGUUGUUUUUUUUUUAUCAGCAAAAAGGAUUUUAUAAAUCUCUGAAACGGAUUACAAAGAUUCAACGGAUUAGGGGCACACUAGCACAUGCCACCCGAGAACCAAACCCAAAGGAAGGCAAGAAAGCCAAUCAAAACACCACAACAAAAAAAGAAACAAGAACCGUACACCCACCAAAACAACCCAACAUCUUACAACCAAAACAACCUGAAGCCGAAAGGACAAACCGAAAACACAAAAGAGCGGGUCAAAGCUAAAGACAAGAAGACAACAAUAAAGUUUGUGAUCAUAUUAGCAUAAUGUAUAUAGUUUUUUGCAAAAUAUUGUAUUAGUAGCAUUAGUAUAACCAUCGACCUCUCUCACAAACAUUGUUAUGUUACAAAAACAAAACAAAAACAAUAUCAGAU